AAGCGGAUGUAUAAAAAGCACAGAAUCGGAGGGAGCGAAAACAUAACGGAAAAACGAAAAAUAAAAUUGGAAGGCUCCAAGCUUUGUGAUUUUCAUGAUUAAGAUCCCGAAUCGGAGAAUGGCCGAAUUGGAGAGCGUCGGAGAGUAUCGUAUCGGACUCGACGAGUCGUAUCGGUAUCUCCCGUCGGUCUACUUAGCCUUCUUGACUAUCUGGUUCGUCUCGGCCUGCUCCUGGACCUUCAACACCUACAAAAACCGCCAUCUCCAGACGAAUAAUUUGCAAUGGACGCUCGCAUCUGUUCCGUUGAUUAAAUCCUUGCAACUCACAUUGUCUUUCCUCUUUUGGUAUUCAUGUUUUCAUCUUCAAAUAUGCUCCCUGUGGAUGUCAUUUGGGGUGUAUGUUACCGGAGUGAUAUUUCAGACAGCUUCUUUUGUGUCUUUUUUACUCAUCUCUCAUGGUUACUGCAUCAUGUGUGAGCGUCUUUCAGUGACUGAGCGGCGUACUACUGCUUCCCUUGGCUGUUUCAUUUACUUGACUCUUGUCGGAUACAGGGCUUCUGUACCUUAUUUCUCUGUCUUGCUGCUGCUUAACUAUUUCAUCUCAUUCUAUGUGAUAUUUCACCAUAUAUCGCAAAAUCUUUUAGUAUUGCGCCACCAGUUAAGCUUCAUAGAUGACGAGGAUGUUCGUGCAAUGCAUGAUGCAGUCUAUACGAAGUACAUCAUGUUCAAAAAGUUUCAAGGUGCAAUGCAGAUAGUAGCCAUGGCAGAGACUGUGAUAUACAUUAACAUGGACGACUCAUCAGAAAAUUACUGGAUUCGCUUGUUAGUUCGAGAAUGGGCACAGUUCUGCAUCUUUGUUUACAUCGGGUGGACUUUCAGGUCAAGGGACUUGGCACCGCGAUUUUCUAUUAUGCCGGCACUGAAAUCUAAAGGAGAACUAGUGGUGCCUCCCAUUUAUAGCAUCGAAAUGGAUGCAGAAACUUUCAGAGAUUUCACUAAGCAUGAAUGGCACAUCGGACUGCCAACUUCACCUUCUUGUGCCGAAAGCACUAAGGAUUCCGUCUUGGUAAUAAUUCAGCAUCCUCACGCACAUAGAACGACUGCAGCCGGAGAAUCCUCUCAAAGCCAAGACCAGAAGCCAGUGUAGCACUUCACCGUUUCGACUACAGAUGCCAUAACUGCUUCCUUGACAUGCAAGUAACUGAUAGAGCAGUUCAAACUGUUCAAAUAUCAGCUCGUUGUCGCUUUAGCUGUGUUUGUUGGUGAUUUGAGGCAACAGCUAUUUUGUGUAGAAAAGUCUGAUUGAAAGGGGGGCAGCAGCCAACGUAUACUUGUAAAUAAAUACAACCAACGAAUCAAAAAUUGUAUAAAUAGGCCAAAAAUUAGAAAACAAAUUGUAUCUUGUUUACUCUUUCAUUCAUUUCUAUUGCCUUGCUAUUUGUAUGCUUUCCCUCCUUGUGAGGAGGAUUAGAUUUUGGCAAUUUUGAGACGUGCCAAGUCACUACUCAUCCUGAUUAACGUGGGGUUGGAUGUGACACAAACCCGGUAUAUAUCAUGUCGUGGUUGGAGGAGAUUUUUAAAAUGUCAUUGUUUAUAUAUCAUGUGAUAAGAGAGAUAGACACAUGAUUGUAUACAACUGGUGAUAUGACAUAUUUACUAUCAUUAUUUUUUUAUUUUACAAUUUUUUACAUUUUAGUUGCUUAUGUGGAUCCUUUAUGUUGCAAAUUUUAUAUUUUUGCUAAUCUUUAUUUAUGUUGAUUUUCCUUCUGUUUUUGUUUAUUGGUCGAAUUAUGUUGCUAUUUCAUUCCAAACGACUUGUCGUUUAUUAUUUUAAACGACAACUCGCAGUUCUCUUUCUCCAUCUUCAAGACUUCAACCCUCUGCGGCUCUGUAAAUCUCUAGACGCUAGCACGACCAAAGAGAGAGUGGUUGAUUGGGUUCGUAUGAGAAAUGGUUCAAAAUCCAUCUCUGUUUGCGUAGCAUCCCUUUUCGACUCUACCACCAAGAUUGGAUUUUUCACCCUCCAGCUUUCACAAUGAGUGCAGGUGGUGCUUUUGGUGGUAAUAGAGGGUUGAGCCCGGUUCCUCCGGAGAAAGGUGUCUUCCCUUUGGAUCAUAUGCAUUUGUGUGACCUGG